CUGAGUGCCAAAAUUCUAACCCGUCGCGCCAGACUACUCACUCACUUCUUCCCACGGUGGCAUCUCGAGCUCUCACAACGAAUGGAGCUAAUCGUGAAACUGAAUACUCGGUUUCACACCUUUUCUCCUUCUCUUUCAUUUUCCCUUUUCUUUCUCCUACCGUCUUUCUUUUCCUACAGUCCACGAUAACUCCCGCCAACAUGGCCACCUGCAACGCUGCAAAGGACAUCUUCGUCCUCGUGUCCAUCAUUCAUAUCUCGAAGUUAGAGAUCACCACAGAUCUUACCAACAAGAUCGUCGAGCUGUGGCCCACUGAGCUCGGUGUUGCUCCUGCCAAUGGCGAAGAACUGAGACAACACAUCGUCAAGAUCAGCCAACGGUUGAUUGACAGUGUUUCUCCCGCUGCAUCUGUCGCUGUCAACGAGGACUCUGGUGGCGCUUCUCUCAGUGACGCCAUCGUGGUCAAGGAUACUGACGACGAUUUCGACGUCGUCAUCCAUCGUCCUAUGCCUUGCAGAUUCAGAGUUCCUCCUGCUGCGUCGCUCGUGACUCCUCAAAGCAUAAAGGAAAGAUAUGCUAUUGAACGCUCUUUCCAGACUGCAGAGUACAAAUCUCUGCCCCCGGCGCCCCGUAGCCUUGACAGGCCUGCCGCUGCCACGCCCCAAAAGACCACCAAGCAAUUCGACCGUGGCAAGAACAGUGCUCGCUGCCCCUCGACUGCCGGAAAGCAGGGCAAUGGUCCUGCCACUCCUGUCAGCCUCGACAAGCCUGCCAUCGGCUGCAAGACCAGAAUGACCGACCUGAGAGUCACGUCAGACAAGGUCCUCAGGAUGAAGUCUCUUCGUGGCGACUCUGCUUGCAAAUCCUCAAAGGUCACCGAGGAGACUGUUAUCGACGAUCUCGAAUCUGAUAAGGAGACCUCCAACACCCCCACUACAAUCACGACCACUCGCAAGCGCCGUCGUGGAAUCAACUACAAGUGGGUCCCCUAGAUCGAAGUCCUCGACGGUAAAGCCUUCGACGGCAAAGACGAGGGAUAUUCUAUGGAGGAAGGCAGCGAGGAUGAGAGACCCGACAAGAGAUUUGCCAUGUUCUAUCCUACAGUCGCCACACCUUCGAAGCCCCAGAGAAAGAGAUGAAGGAAUCAGGUGUACUCACCAACUGGUGGCAGGACCGAUUUGUGAAGGAAUGAGCGUUGUACAAUUGUGCAGUGAGAGCGGACUUUUGACCAAGAUGGCCUUGGAAAUGUUCUUAAAUACACGAAGCAACGACACGAACAGGAGAAGGCAACGCAAGGAGUAA